AUGAAGUAUGAGACCCACGACCUUCUGGCCCUGCGUAGCAAUGCCACCAUUGAUAUAGGGAGGUUCACCAUUCAUGCGAUUGAAAAUCAUCUACUCGGCCGUGGCCAUUCUGCUCCCAAUACCGAUCGAGGACGAGCAUCAAGCGGUUCGGCACGUACUCAGCGCCCUACGACAAGCUCAGAAGAAUCUUUCCAGCACCCAGUUCGACAGCCACGGAACGCUCCCCAAAACAACUUAGCUGAGGCUGACUCGGGAUUUGCCAAGUUUCUCAAAGAGCAUACCUCUCCAAGACAUCAGCGUGUCACAGCAGGUGGCCGAGUGGUACUCGUAGACGGCGAAGUGCCAAUACCGGAGCUCAAACCACCAUUGAAGAAAAGCAAGGAAGACAGCCCUAGGAAGACAGAUGUGGAUGGGGCAGCGUCCGUUCGAACACAGGGAAAUAGCGGCUCUGAGAAAAUCAUGUCUAGUUCUAGGACCUCGUCGAAUGGGAAUGGCUUGCCCGACCAUCCAUUCUCGGUUUUGGGCCAGGACAAAGUCAGGUCAGGGGAGACAGGAGAUUACCUGGGCAACGGUAACCCAGAAUCCAUACCAGCAGUAGCAGCGUCUUAUCCAUCACUGCCGCAGUGGCAAGUUCCAUUGUUAGCAUCUGAUCCUUAUCGUCAGCACCAGAUGUCCUUGUCGUCAGGUACUUAUCCUCAAGCAGUCUUGCAGUUCUCACAGGCAGGCCAAGAUUCAGUUGCUGUGCCUAUCAAUCCUGGUCUUUAUCAGAGCCUCCAGGCCAACACAACUGCUUGGUAUCCAGGCGUCGCCCCACCCUUUGUUACUCAGGGCCAUAUUGUGCAGCCUGCUCCUCCCCAAGCAACACCGCUUCUUGCAACCACUUUUCCACCCACUGGAAAGCAGGCUGGUUUUGGUUCAACAACUGGAAAUAUUAACCCUUACUCUAUUUCUCCAGCGAUGGCUGGCACGACUUCACUUCCAUCUUACUCUCCAGAAUCAAAUACCCAAAGGUCCCUCCAAGAUGUUAUCAAAGAGUACCAGGGUUUGUCGUCUCAGCUGUCAAGUCUUGAUCGUUACAUGGCAAUAAACACCUUUGAGAUGGACCCAGAAACCAAGAAUAGCCUUGUCGAGCAGAGGAAGGGUCUUGUGAAAGACUUGGAUAUGGCCAGACGAUACAAAGAGCAUCUAGAAUCCAGCAUCAAAGUCGUGCCCGGUGUUCCUGAUUCUUUGGCAGGGCUGCGGCCGCAGCAAACCACAGAAUUGACUAAUGGUAUCGGACUGCAAUGGAACCCGUGGCCAUCUUAUGUGACUGCAUCCGAUAUUUCUGGUGACUAUUCCUCGUUCACGUUGCAUUCGACUGCAAGCACAAACCCCAACAUAUUUGCCGUGCCGAUACCCCAGUUAGGAUACUUGGCGUCAUUUCCUGGUGGCAAUCCUUGGAGUGAAUAUCAACAUCCCGUACAACUUACUCAGGGCGACCAGCAAGGAUCAUCCGAACAUCAAUUCUUUGACCCUGUUGACAAGCCAGUGUCAUUGUCGCAGCCAAACACUGCUUUGCAACAAAGUGCGCGCAGUACUAGUACGUCAUCGAACACCAAGUCAUCCUGGUCUUCUUCGGAGAUAGGAGAACUACACCGCCAAAUCGAAAGUGCAGCCAGGCGUGGGGAGCCUGUAGAUGAACUCUUCAAGAGACUUGCUAAGCUCACGGAGCAACACGCCGUCAAACGCGGAAAACAGAAUACAUUGGCAUCGACAGACCGUCAAGCACCAGCUUCAGCGGCUGACAAUUCGCAAGGUGAAGCCCGUUCGUCAUUACCUUCAGGAGCUUCAGGAAAAUCCAGCGGUAAUUCAAGUGUGCCACAGCUGUAUCUAAACGCACAGGCUACUAAGAGAGGAUCAGGAGCAACUGCACCCAAGGUUCACAGAGCGCAGGACAGUUCAAACGGACGGCUAGCUGGAAACCAGGAGAGUGAAGCAGCGGGCAGCAGACACGGUUUCACUGGGCCGAGACAUACCCGUGAUGGCAGGUUCAAGAGUCUUGUGACACGGAGUAAAAGCCGAAAAGAAGGGGGGGAGAUAGGCGAAAAGACAUCGGUGAUGUUUGCUCCUUGGGAGUCGCAGGGAGACAAGAAUCUGAUUGGGAUGAAGGCUUGCGCUCCAGUGAUAUCGCGGGUCAAUGCACACGGCUUCCUCCCGUCUUCGGACGGCACCAACGAUGAGAGCAUUGCGUUCGGCGACCACCCCGCCUUUUUACUUGAUAUUCAAGACGAGAGGGAUUUCUUGCAGAAAGAUGGAGCCGCAGCGACUCGUCCAUGGUAUCAGAAAGCGCCUCGGCAGAGCCCCAAUCGCGUUGAGGUUCACCGAUUCUUUCUCCGGGUUGCGGAAGAAGAACGCCAGAUGAUUUACAAAUAUCGGAUGCGUUAUCCAGGUGAAAGGGGAGUCUAG